AUGUGUGGAUCGUUCCUUCAUCCUUUGACGUGCGGUUUGGCGCGAGGAGUUGCUUGGCAAGUGUCAGCGCAAGUAGACGUAGAUGAAAAUCUAAAGUGCGAAGAGAACGAGACGCGAAAGAAUUAUCUUGUGCGCUUGCUGCGAGAGAGAUAUGAUCGCUUUACUGUCAUAUUCCAAUGUUACAAGGAGAAUUUUACCGUUGACUUCAAGCGCUUUCAGUCAAUUUUUCCACCACUUCGCGAGAAAUUUAGUCGAUGGAAUCAUAGGAAGAUCGCAGAACGCAAUCAAUACACGACGAUGUUCAACAUCGAAGCUUGGAAUAAACUUUCCCCCGGCGAUGCAAGCUAA